AUUAAUUGGAGAACAAGCAAUUCAAAAGCCAAUCCUUCAGAUCAAAUCACACCAAAUCCCUCUCUCUUCUUUCUCUCUCAUUGCCCAAUAUACUCUCCUUCUUAACAAAAAAACAUUUAAAAAAAUCUAAAACCAAACAAAAAAAAAGAAGUUAAAACUUUAUCAAAAUCAAAACUUUAAAAGCUUGAAAGUUGAAUCAAUCUCCUCUUAUAAACAUAGUGUCUACAAAAUUUUACAUAUUAUUGUUCUCAAUUUGGUCCAAAAAAAAAAAACAUAGUGGGAACACAAAAGUAAGAGGGUAAUAUAGAGGGGGCAUUUUUUACUGCCUCCUCUGUAGAUCUUGUUGAUUUUUUCAUUUGGGUAUUUUAAAAAGGCAGAAUCUUGAUUUGGAUAUUUCUUAUUUUUCUCAAAAGUUUUUUAAGUUUGAUGAAAAUUUUUCAUUGUUGGGUUGCUAUAUGCUUGAGCUCUUACCUUUGGAUUCUUGUUUGAUUGAUUUUUUAAGGAUCAGAUUCCUAUUUGAUUGAAUCUGAUAAUAUUUUGAUCAGUUUCAGAUUCUUGUCUGUUUGUGAGGCUCUCUUAAUACUACUUCAUAGUAAAGGAAAAUGCAAUCUGAGCUAGGCAAGUUAUUUGUUGGUGGGAUUUCAUGGGACACAGAUGAAGAGCGCCUAAAGGAGUAUUUUAGUACUUAUGGGGAGGUUAUAGAAGCUGUAAUUAUGAAGGAUAGGACAACUGGCCGUGCUCGUGGUUUUGGUUUUGUGGUCUUUGCUGAUCCUGCUGUUGCUGAGAGGGUAGUUAAGGAGAGACACAACAUUGAUGGAAGGAUGGUUGAAGCAAAGAAGGCGGUUCCACGGGAUGACCAGAGCACAACAAGUAGAAGCAGUACUAGUAUUCAUGGUUCUCCUAGUCCUGGUCUGGGUCGUACAAGAAAGCUUUUUGUUGGAGGUUUGGCGUCCACUGUUACUGAGAGCGACUUUAAGAAGUAUUUUGAGCAGUUUGGAACAAUUACAGAUGCUGUAGUUAUGUAUGAUCAUAACACUCAAAGACCUAGAGGCUUUGGAUUCAUUACUUAUGAUUCAGAGGAUGCAGUAGAUAGAGUCUUGCUCAAGACUUUCCAUGAGCUGAAUGAUAAAAUGGUUGAGGUCAAGCGUGCUGUCCCUAAAGAGUUAUCCCCAGGUCCUAGCCAAAGCCCGCUUGAUCGGUACGGCUAUGGAUUAAAUAGGAUGAAUAACUUCCUUGAUAGUAGAUUUAGCCCGAUUGCUGGAGGUAGGAGCGCCUUUGCGCCAUUUGCUUCUGGUUAUGGUAUCGGUCUUAACUUUGAACCAGGCCUGAACCAGGGAUACGAGGGAAGUGCAAACGUUAACAGUAGUUUAAGCUAUGGAGGGGGACUGAAUCCAUAUUAUAGCUCAAACAGAUUUGGUGGUGGCGUUGGGUUUGAUGGAGUUAAUGGAGGAAACACUUUGUCCUUAAACUCAGCAACUCGCAAUUUAUGGGUCGAUGGAGGAUUGCGUAAUGCAACAAACUCCCCGAGCUCUAGAAAUUUUAUAGUAUCUGGAAGCGAGAACAUUGUAGGAGGAAACUUUAACAACAGUGGAGUUUGGGGUUCAUCUUCAAUUUCCUCUCAAGGUGGAGGAAAUAUUAGUAAAAGUGGAAAUCUUGGUUAUGGGAAUGGUGAUGACAUAUAUGGGUUUCCAGGAGGCUAUGGCGGAAAUGUCAGAAAAAGUGUGGGCCCUAUAACAUCAUAUGCUGCAUCUAGUGGUGGUUAUGGUGUGGGGGAUUUAGCUGAUUUCUACGGUAGUGGUUUGGGAUAUGAUGAUCGCACUUGGCGUUCUGAGCAGGAUGCAACUGGUUCUCUUGGUUAUGAACUAGGCAAUGGACGCUCUGACAUGUCAGCUCAAAGUUCUGCAGAUUAUUUAGGUACUUAUGGAGUUAGCAAAAGACAACCAAACAGAGGAAUUGGUGAAUAGAAGAAAAUAUCAGAAACCAAGGGUGUUGUAGGAGGUGAAUUUUUUUUUUUAGCAAGUUGAAUCCUGAAUUUGCAUAUUUCAUCGAUUACAUGAAGUUGAGAGGUUAAAGAAUUGGAGUUCCUUUGUAGGGCACCUGAGUGCCUGUUUUCGGUCUUGAGAUAGUACUUUGCAAGAGACUGUCUUUAAAAGGAUUUUGUUUUGAGUUAUAUUUUAGUAAUUCCCUUUUUUCCCUCGAGUGAGGUGUAAAAUCGGAUUGCAGCUGCAGCGAUACAUACAAAGGAAAUAUACAAUUUUUUGCACAAAAUUUGUAUUCCAUGUUUUUGCUGUAACACAGCUGCAAAUUUGCAGAUUCUUAGCUGCUAUUGUUUUCUUUAUAGUUAAUUUCAACAGGAUUUUCCUUUUCAAUUGGUUGUAUGUGAGGUUGAUUUAAUAUGAAAUAUGCAGAGAGGGAUACCCUAUAUGUGAACAAAUUACUACAUAUUCAGAUUGCUUUACUUUUCUUGAUAUCUAUAUAUUAGUUGUAAAAAAA